CAAAAUCAAAACAAUAACAGCAAAAACACGUGCAUAAAAUUAUUUUAAAAUUGAUUUAAAUUAAAAGACUAUAUUAGAGUAAAGUAAAAUCUUCAUAUUAUAUGUUUAUUUUUAAUUGGAAGUUUUAAUUGCUAAAAGUACUAAACAAUGUCUCGACUUAUUAUAAAGAAUUUACCGAAUAAGGUAACUGUAGAAAAAAUAAAGGAGAUAUUUGGCGAAAAAGGUGAAGUGACCGACGUACAGUUAAAAUACACAAAAGAUGGAAAAUUCAGAAACUUCGGUUUCGUUGGAUACCGGACAGAGGAGCAAGCUUCAGCGGCUCGGGAGCAUUUUGAUUCAUCUUACGUUAACAGCAUGAAAAUCAAUGUGGAGGUCUGUGCUAAUCUCGGCGACGAAAAAAAACCAAAAGCAUGGAGCAAAUAUGCAUCGGACAGCACAGCAUAUAAAAAAAUACACAAAAACGAUGUCCAAGAUAUAAAGCCUAAAAAACAAAAGCUUAGCAAAGCUGAAAGAAAUAAGAAUAAGAUUAAAGAGCUCCUGAAAAAGCACAAAGAUGAUCCAUUAUUUGCAGAGUUCAUAGAUGCUCAUGUAAAUGAAAAAACUACUUGGAUCAAAGAGGCUCUGGAAGAAACUAGUAAAAGUGAUGACAGUGGUGUGGAAGAUGAGAAACCAGAUGAGGAUAUUCAACAAAAACAUGAUAAACCACAAGUAAAUGAUAAGAAACAAGAGAAAGAAGUAAAAAACAAAGUGGCAAACACUGGAAUCAGUGAUUUAGAGUACAUGAAAUUGUUAAUGAAAAAAGUUGAUGGUUUUGAAGAAAAUGCCAAAGAAACAACAGAAGAAAUUGAAAGUAAACCUAAGAAAAUCAGAAACAGACCUUUGUUUUAUGUGAAAAUUACUGGUUUACCUUAUAAAUGUAAAAAGAAGGACAUAAAGACAUUUUUCAAACCAUUAGUACCUUACUCAAUAAGGUUGCCCCUCGGUAAAGAGAGGAAACUGACUGGUUUCUGUUAUGUGGGCUUUAGGACUGAAAAAGAAUUAAACAAGGCACUUGCUAAGGACAAACUCUUUAUAGGCAAUCACCGUGUACAUGUUCAUAAGUAUGAGGACCAAGCAAAGAAAGCAGCUGAAGAAGAAGAACUUCAAAAUAGUAAAAAAAAUCAAGAAAGAAACCACAAUGAAGAAGGCAUAGGUGAAAGUGGGAGCAUAUUUGUAAGAAACUUGGCAUAUGUUGUAUCAGAGCAAGAGCUGACACAAUUAUUUGAGAAAUAUGGUCCAUUAGCCGAAGUGAACAUGCCAAUCGACCCGAUCCUCCGCCAACCCAAAGGCUUUGCGACAGUCACGUUCGUGAUGCCUGAGCACGCGGUGAAGGCCUACACGCAGUUAGACGGGACGGCCUUCUGCGGCCGCAUGCUACAUCUGCUACCCGCUAAGACGGAGAAGCUAGACAACGAUGAUGACAAUGAUGAAGGGUUGUCGUUCAAGGAGAAAAAAGCAAAGAAGUUGAAGCAGCAAGCGAAGUCGUCCCACAACUGGAACGUGCUGUUUCUCGGCAACAACGCAGUGGCCGACGUGGUGGCCGCCAACUACAACACCACUAAAGAACAACUACUCAGUGAUAACAACAAAAACACGAGCGCCGCAGUGAGGCUGGCGCUGGGAGAAACUCAACUCGUCGCCGAAACCAAAACUUUCCUUGAAUCCAACGGCGUCUAUCUGGAUGCGUUUAAUAGGCCCGCUAAAAAACGUUCCAAAACGUGCAUCCUCGUAAAAAACCUACCCGCUGGCACUGAAAAAGACGAAAUCAAAGUUCUUUUUGAAAAAUACGGCCAAUUGGCACGGUUUUUGAUGCCAAGCCACGGUAUAACCGCGCUUGUGGACUUCAUAGAGCCGUACGAAGCUAAAAAGGCAUUUGGCAAACUAGCAUAUUCGCAGUUUAAGUCAUCUCCGUUGUAUUUGGAAUGGGCUCCGGAGAAUGUGUUUGUGAAAUCUGCAGAGCCCCAAGUCGCAAACCAAGAAAAAUCUAUCAUCAACUUAAAGGGGAAAGAUAUCCCUAAAGAAACAGAAAGGACAGACACCAAUACACAGAAAAACACAAAAAUGACACAAAAAGUAAAAGAGAGUAAACAAGAGCAAAUAAAUAAUGAAAUAAUCGAAGAUGAACAACCGGAUAACAAUACAACACUCUUUGUUAAAAAUAUUAACUUCAAAACGACAGAGGCGUCUUUAAGAGAGCACUUUUCUGGAUGUGGAAAUAUACAUAGUGUCACGAUAGCAAAGAAAAAGGACCCCAAAAAUCCUGGAAAGAUGUUGUCUAUGGGUUACGGCUUUGUACAGUUUGUCAAAAAGGAACAUGCCAAUGAAGCCCUCAAAGAGUUGCAAAGUUCCACACUUGACGGCAAGUCUCUGGAACUGAAGCGAUCGGAGAGAGGGAAUACUACCGACGUGAAAUCAUCCAGAAAGAGUACCAAAGACUCGACGCAAAACGGCACCAAGAUACUCGUUCGCAACGUACCAUUUCAAGCUAAUAGAAAUGAACUGCACGAAAUAUUCAGAGCUUUCGGCGACAUCAAAACUUUGCGGCUGCCCAAGAAAUUGGCCGCUGGAUCUGACCAGCAUAGAGGAUUUGCUUUCGUCGAUUAUUACUCAAAAGCUGACGCCAAGUGUGCGUUCGAAGCACUGUGCCAAUCUACCCAUCUGUACGGGAGGCACUUGGUGCUGGAGUGGGCUGAUCAAACUGAUGAGAAUGAAGACAUUGCCAUGCUGAGGAAAAGGACAGCACAGAGUUUCAAUGCAAAGGUGCCUGGUGGGAAAAAGUCUAGGAAAGGAGCUGUGGACGUUGAUACAUUUGUUGACCCUGAUAAUACUAUUAAUUAACAAUAAACUAGUUUAAUAAUGA